AUGCCACCCUCCCUGCUCCCGCAGGGCGGAGGCCCUACGACCGGCAACAACUUGUCCACCAUGGACAUUCUCGAGAGAGCCGUCUCUGGCCAGGUUACCAAGCCUGCCGAGAUUGCUCGGGCAGACUCUUUUAACACCCUCCUUGUGAGGAUCGAAGAGAUUGCGGCCAAUAUGACCAGAUUAGAGAAAAAGGUAGAGAGCCUUUCUCAACCUCCAUCCUCUAACUUGAUGGCUCAUGCGGCAGCAAAACCAAGCAACUUGCCACCCAAACCUGCCCCUCUCUACUCAGAAAAGGCGGCAGGGACCUCCGGGCUCGGAGCGGCUAAGUCAUUGCCACCGGUUCCUCCCUCAUCGUACAUUAAUAGGUUUAAGCUAGGUCAAGUUGUGAUAAGGAAGAAAUUUGACCAACCCAAACCUUUUGAAGGCCUUACAGCGGCGGUAAUCUGUCAGAAGAUCAAUGAUGCAUUAGCCUUUGCUAAAGCAUCAAUCGAUAAUGAAACUAUCAAGGUGAAGGCUGUGGCUCAGUUCCCCAACGGAGACAAGGCUGAUCCUGUUUUUGUUACUUCCCAAGUCGCUCACCCAGUCCUCCUCCAUUCCUGCCCAACCAGUUUUGAAGUCGAUAACAAAGAACAUGUCGAAUUACUUUGUAAGCAAAACGACAUCGAACCCAAAGAAAUCCAGAAAAUCCGCUGGCUCCUCAACCCCAGAGGGACGGACAAGGCCACCAGCACCCUUCUUAUCUUUUUCCUCAACAGGCAAUUGGCUCUCGACAUCGAGAGAGCCGGACUAUGUUACAAUAGCCUCCACCUUAAAGGUCAACACUACCUCCAGGGACCUAAACAAUGCUACAACUGCCUAGCUGUUGGGCAUUUAGCCCACUCCUGCAAGGAAAAGCCAGUUUGCUCGCGUUGCGGCGCUGGACAUAACUCUGCAUCCUGUGAGGAAAUGGAAGAUUCCUGCAGGAGCUGCCAGCGAUGCCUCCAAUUAGUCCGUAAAUCCUCCUCCACAGUAGACUUGUCUGACCCAAAAUACGACCACUCUCCCUUUAGCAACGCUUGCCCGAUUAGAGCCAAAGAGAUUGAAAAACUCUCCAAAGAUAAAGCUCCCAACCCUCGUCAAUGA